UUUCAAUACAGUGAUGUCAUUAUAUUACAUGUAUUGUAUGCAAUAGUUAAUGUUAGUUCGGGUAGUUGGUCAGUUCGGGUAGUUGAUCAGUUCGGUUAGUUGGUUAGUUCGGUAAGUUGGUCAGUUCGGUAAGUUAACCAGUUCGGGUAGGUGGCCAGUUCAGGUAUGUGGUCACUUCGGGUGGUUGGUCAGUUUGGGUAUUUGGUCAGUACGGGUGGUUGGUCAGUUCGGGUAUUUGGUCAGUUCGGGUAGUUGGUCAUCAGUACGGGUAGUUGGUCAGGUUAGGUUCGGGUAAGGUUCAGGUAGAGGUAGUGGUGACGUCAUUGGUGUAGUACACUUAGGUUAGGUUAGGUGGAGUCACGUGAUCUCCGUCACCUAUUCUCCGUCAUACUGUUAUAUGGGGGAAAGCACUGUGCUUUCCCCUUCCGUCACCCUUAUGUCGUAACUACUAUCGGGAAUCCCGUGGGUAAUAGUAUGCAGUUGUAAUCCGUUAACGUUUAUACGGGACAAUAGAACACCACCAGCUUUUUCGGGUUAUCCGACAACUGGUCCGAUCAAUGAGUGGCAAACAUUUACUAAUGUAUAUAAAGAAGGAAUGCAAGAGUCGUGGGAAAUGAUGAAUGACGAUGAAGUGGCCAAUGGUUUACCGCCUUUAAAGGAAAUGUCAUAUAUUAAUAAUUCAAAAUAUCUGAAUAUAUACGGCUAUCCAUUGGAAUUAGAUUAUCAAGAUAUUAGACCAUUGCCUGAAAAUUGGUAUCGUUUUGAUAAUUUUAUGAGAAGCGAUCAGCAUUUGCCGUUUGAAUUACCGGAACAAUUGAGGGACAAACCGGGAAAACUCAUAUAUUUUUCAUUGGGUUCUAUGGGCGGCACAGAUGUCGAUAACAUGAAACGCUUAGUCGGUAUACUUGCAAAAUCUAAGCACAGAUUUAUUGUAUCGAAAGGACCGUUAGGUGAUGAGUACGAUCUACCGGACAAUAUGUGGGGUCAGCCAAGUGUAGCACAAGUCAAUGUCUUGCCAUUAGUUGAUUUGGUUAUAACUCACGGCGGAAACAAUACUAUUACCGAAACGUUUUCAUUUGGAAAGCCUAUGAUAGUUAUGCCACUGUUUGGCGAUCAGUUCGAUAACGCACAGAGAGUUCAAGAGAAAGGAUUUGGUAUACGACUCGAUGCCUACAAGUGCUCUGAAGAGGAACUAUUGACAGCUAUUGAAAGUCUAAUUGAAGACAAUAUUUUAGCUGAAAAGAUGCAAAAAAUAUCACAACAAAUUUUUGCGGAAAAUAGUUUAAUAAAAUUACCUCAAAUUUUGGAAAAUUUAGUCAAAACAUAUGUUAACUAA